AUGGAGCCUCCAACGGGAAUUUUGUCUUCUCUGUGGCAAUUUAUACUCUUCAUUCCUUAUUUCACUGGAUUGCUUCUUCUGGGUGUUAUUAAAGGUGUCAUUUUCUGCCCGCUUAUAUGCCUUAUCAUGGCUAUUGGAAACUCUGCAAUCAUCAUAGGCCUUUUACCAGUACACUUUAUUUGGACUCUCUACUCGAUAUCGAGUGCUAAACAGCUAGGACCAAUCUUGAAGAUCUUUCUGUGCCUGUGUAUUCCUCUCUCUAUCAUCGUCUGGCUUGUGGUUAGUAUCAUAGGAAGCAUUCUCGGUGGAGCUAUAUACGGCUUUCUUUCUCCGAUAUUCGCCACGUUUGAUGCUGUUGGUGAAGGGAAGUCCAAUCCGCUCUUCCAUUGCUUUUAUGAUGGAACUUGGAGCACUGUUCAAGGAAGUUUCACCGUUGUCUGUGAUUUCAGAGAUGUUUGCUUUCACUCCUACUUUUCCUUCAUGGAUGAUCUUAGAACAACCAGUGCGGAUCGUCAUUAUUAUGAAAUAAGGUUGCUUCAAAUUCCAGGAGCUGUGAUUGCUGCGGCUCUCGGAAUUCUUGUUGAUUUCCCGGUGAUCUCGCUGUUAGCCUUGUUCAAAAGCCCCUACAUGCUGUUCAAAGGCUGGCGCCGUUUGUUUCAUGAUCUCAUUGGACGUGAAGGUCCUUUCUUGGAGACCAUGUGUGUCCCAAUCGCUGGACUUGUGAUCUUGCUCUGGCCUUUAGGUGUUGUGGGAGCUGUUUUAGGCUCUGUUGUCUCUAGUGUCUUCCUUGGUGCUUAUGCCGGUGUAGUCUCAUAUCAGGAGUCAUCGUUCUUCUUUGGUCUUUGCUAUGUUGUUGCUUCUGUUUCUAUUUAUGAUGAGUAUAGCAACGAUGUUCUUGACAUGCCUGAAGGUUCUUGCUUUCCCAGACCAAACUAUCGAAAGGACGAAGAAGGCGGUAAUAAUACGCCAUUUUCUAGUGUUCUUUCAAGACCAAGCUCUUUCAAAACAACUCCAUCAAGAGGAGGAUCAAACAAAGGCCCAAUGAUUGACCUGAAGCCACUUGAUCUUCUGGAAGCACUUUUUGUGGAAUGUAGGCGUUACGGAGAGAGUAUGGUAACGAAAGGGAUUAUAAACUCAAAGGACAUUGAAGAAGCUAAGUCAAGCAAAGGCAGCCAAGUGAUCAGCAUUGGUUUACCAGCUUACUCUCUUCUUCAUGAGCUUUUACGAUCCAUCAAAUCCAACUCCGCCGGUUUAAUACUCGGGGAUGGAGUAACGGAGAUAACUUCGAAAAACCGUCCGAAAGAUGCGUUCUUUGAUUGGUUUCUGAAUCCGUUCUUGAUCUUGAAAGACCAGAUCAAUGCAGCGAACUUAUCUGAAGAAGAAGAAGAGUAUCUUGGGAAACUGGUGUUGCUGUUUGGAGAUUCGGAGAGGCUUAAAAGCUCUGUUCUUGACUCUCAAUCUCCUCCUUUAACCGAGCUCAGAAAAGCCGAACUUGACGCCUUUGCUCGCAGGCUUCAAGGACUGACGAAAUCAAUAUCAAGAUAUCCAACAUUCAGGAGACAUUUUGUGGAGCUUGUCAAGAAACUAUCAAACGAUCUUGACAAGAAACAUAACCGGUUUGAAGGCGGUUCAAGAUCGGUUCCACGUCGGAUCUUCAGCCAGAAAUCGUUCAAGAAGAAGACGAGUAGCAAUGGCUCAGAUCAAGAUUCGCCAAACAGAGGCUUAAGAGACGUUGAUAUAGUGUAA